GUGCGCGCGCGCAGUGCUGGGCGCGAAGCCGCGGACGGUGGGCGGUGCUGCAGCUGACUCCGGCGCCCCGCGGUAGCCCGCAACUCCAGCAGCUCACUACCCCCGGCACCGCAUUGUUCCCCGGCUCGCCCACUCACAUUGUUUUGACUGCUUUAAUUUAUGCCCAAUAAUCUGCUCAGCUGACUGUGAGAUCACGUUCAAGGAUUUGCCACCCCCAUACCGCGAGACUGAUAAUGACGAUCUCGCGCCGUCCUAUCAAGAAUUUCAACGUUCGAUCAACAAUGCACCAAGUGAAGUGGUAGAUUUGCUAGCGAACUGUAGGAUAACGUCGCCGGCUGAAAACAGCGAUUCUGAAGUGGAGUACGCGGAAAUAGCGGAUAUGGGGUUGUGGCAUUCCACUCCGCUUGCGAAGCGGCACAAGUCUAAAAUAUCACUGACGUGGGUCUUGAAGGAAAACUUGGAAAACACGAAGCCGCAGAAUGAAGAAAGUAAAGGGAAUGACGUGGACCGACACCAACGGCAUAAUCAGAAAUUUGACGAGAGUGACAGAAAGUGCAAGCCUGGAGAUGUGCGUGAGAGAAUCGUGGGUCGCAACGAGUAUUACCAUAACCUUAGGUUUAGGAGUGCGUGUGAGGAGUUGGUGGGUCAGCAGACCUACUCAGACACCAGCGUCGGGACCGAGGAGCACUCGAGGAGGCGCCACCGGCAUCGCCACAGGAGGAAGAAGAAACAUCCACAAGCAAAAUUCGGGUACGACAUUCAAGAUUUGGACAGCUUUUUAACAGAGGCUUCGAUAGACCGUCCUGGCAACAUCCCAGUGGUGGUGGCCUACCCCACGACGCUGUACCAGACGCAGAAGGAGGGGCAGCGCGAGCUCCCCCUACCGCUGGGGACCGUCGUCAACGCAGUGUUCAAGAACCAGCACUGGCUGUAUGCGCAGACGCCGCAUGCCGAGGAAGGCUAUGUGCUUUAUAGCGCGUGUUUGCCGUUAGGGAUAUUACCUAAUAAGACCCCAGACAGAAAGACACCGUGCUGGGAAAGCAGUACGGACAUCUACCCGAGACCGUGCGGGAACUUGACAGACACAGAGAAGGAGCAACUCAAAGGUCGCACCAGGUCCGAAUGCCGGUACAAGCCGCGCGAGAAACGACGACCCAAAACCUCCUGCGCGGAAAAGGACUUUGACACCUUGUAUUUAAAGACUAAAUCCGCAUCCAACAUCGACAGAGUUCACGAAAAAGAAAACAUAAACUUAAAAACGAAAAGACAAACGCUUUUAGUCGUAAUUAGUGAUUAUAAAGGUGUAAAUAACAGUUUCUGUGUAGUGAAAGGUGAAGUGGUGACGAUGAUUCAGAAGUUUGUGGGUGUUAAGGAAGAUUGGUUUUAUGUCAGAAAGAAGGAUGGCAGUCAGGGGUACAUCCCCGCGGCGGCAGCCGGUCAUGGCUAUAUUUGAAAUUUUAUUAUUAAGCAAGCUGAUACCUACAACCUCUUAUGAAGUAUUAUUGAAUUGGAUUGUUAGAGAUAAAUUAUUUUCAUUAAUAAAAAUUUUGCAAUAAUGGUUCCUAAUAGAUUUUACAUUACACAUUAUUCACUUUACUAUAGUACAAUUGGCAAGGAUAAAUUAUUUUGUAAUUUGGAAUUAAUACACGUUAUACGAUUGUUGCACAAAAUUAAAUAUUUUUAUGUUUG